AUGAAAGCAGGGCAGAAACAGCAGGGAAGAGAGUUUACCGUUUCAUCGGUCACAAUGGGAAGUGAUACUAAUAAUUUAGACGUCAGCAGCGUUAACCCUAGGAGUAACAGAUACCCGCACUGCAUUGUGUGGACGCCAAUACCAUGCCUAACAUGGCUGUUUCCAAUUAUCGGGCACAUGGGCAUUUGUACAUCUGCUGGAGUUAUCAGAGAUUUUGCUGGACCAUAUUUUGUCUCAGAAGAUGAUAUGGCCUUUGGAAAUCCUGUAAAAUACUGGCAGAUGGAUUUGGCCAAAGCCAAAAAUGGUAAAGAAUCAUGGGACAGAGCUGUAGCAGAUGCUUCAGAAGAAUAUAAACACAGAAUGCACAAUCUUUUUUGUGACAACUGUCAUUCCCAUGUGGCAAUGGCAUUAAACCUGAUGAACUACAGUGGUAGUUCCAGUUGGAACAUGGUCAAGCUUUGUUUUUUUAUGUUAAUUUAUGGAAAAUAUAUUAA